AUGGCAACGACAAGGAUUACUCUCUCGCCUCGAGAGACCCAAUUGAGAAACCUUCUCCUUGAUGUCGCUCGAUUCAUUGAUGAGUCCAAGGAGAUCAAAGAGAACAUCGAGCUACGUUUUGCAGGAGGAUGGGUCCGUGACAAGCUUCUCAACAUCGAGAGUCAUGAUAUCGAUACCGCCAUCAACGUCAUGACUGGCGACAGCUUCUGUCUCAAGAUGAAGGAUUACCUAGAGAACGAAGAGAAUCUUAGAAAACACUCCCUAGAGCCAGAGGACAUUGGAAGCCUCCACAAGAUUCUUGCAAAGCCAGAGAAAUCAAAACAUCUCGAAACAGUAACAACCAAGCUUUUUGGCUUUGACUUGGACUUUGUCAAUCUGAGAAAAGAGACGUAUUCGGAAGACAGUCGGAACCCUCAGAUGGAAUUCGGCACUGCUAUCGAGGAUGCUGACAGACGGGAUGCUACCAUCAACGCGCUAUUCUACAAUCUCCAUAGUGAUGAGGUCGAAGAUUUCGUGGGAGGGUUGGUGGACUUGAAGGCUCAACGGAUAAGAACACCCAUGGAGCCGGAACAGACCUUCAAGGACGACCCGUUACGGGUAUUGAGGUUGAUCAGAUUUGCUAGCCGUCUGGAUUUCACGAUUGAUGCAGAGUCUGAGAAGUGGAUGAGCAACGCUACUGUCAUGGAAGCUCUGAAGUUAAAGAUUAGCAGAGAAAGGGUGGGCGUUGAGGUCGAGAAAAUGCUAAAGGGCAACGACCCCCGCAGUUCUCUCCAGUAUUUCGACAGGCUAGGCCUCUACUCCACAAUCUUCACAGAUCCAACAGCCAAAGAUUUCCCUGUACCCAGCACUGACAACUGGAGCAUUGUAUACGACUGUCUGCAUGCCCUGAAAGCGAAUGAGACCCCUGGCUCCAUAUAUCACGCUCUAGUCCGUUCUGAGGAUGCCAAAUAUAACUCUUGGCUCCUCGCAGCUCUUGCACCAUGGGCAUCAAUUCCAAACCCUCCACAAUCCGGACCUAAACCUCCAAUUUUAUUUGGGACGCGCGUCAUACAAGAAGGAAUCAAAGCGAAUAGCAAGAUCUGCAAUCUUGUUAACGGAGCUUUUAAAAAUUAUGCUCAGCUCACAGAGCUAAAGAACGCUGUUGUUGAGGGCCUGGCACUUAUUCAUGAACGUGACACUGUCGGGAUGAGGAUUCGGAAGUGGAAUGUGGAUGGUGGGAAUUGGAGAUUACAGGCUUUGUUUGCUCUUCUUGUAGAGGUCAUGGGCCGUGUUGGCUCUCAAGGUGUUCCACUCAGCACGGUGCUCUCGGAAUGGCAAGGACUCAUCGACCAUUUGGAAUCGAUGGAUAUCAUGGACGCUCCGGCCGAGAAGCCUUUGAUCGAUGGAAAGAUGCUUAUGGCCGAGUUUAAUGCGAAGGGUGGGGUUUGGACCAAGGGGGCGUUAGAUAUUUGUAUGGCAUGGCAGUUACGAAAUCCUGGUGCUACUAGCCCUGAAGAUCUGAAGGCGGCGCUUGAGGAGGUGAGGAAGAAGAGCGACGAGUUGCAGAUACCCAUGAAGAAGUAG